AUGGCCGGGAGCGGGGUGAGGACGCACUGGCCCGCGCGCAGCCUCGGAGGGCAGUGUGUGCCCAGCAGCCCUCCGCGCCUGGCCACCCUACCCGCACACUUAGACCAAAAAAAGCAUGUAGAACUGAAGAUGGAUCAGGCUUUGCUGCUCAUUCAUAAUGAACUCCUCGGGACAAGCUUGACUGUCUACUGGAAAUCAGAAAGUUGUUAUCAUUGCUUGUAUCAGGCUUUGGUAAAUGUUUCAAGGAGUGGGAAAGCCGGGAAGCCCAGCAUUGCUGCUGUGGCAGUGAGCUCCCAGCGUGGCUCCAUCCUGCAGCUGAAUGAUACCUUGGAGGAGAGAGAAGUUUGUAGGCUGGAAUACAAAUUUGGAGAAUUUGGAAACUAUUCUCUCUUGGUAAAACACCCCAGUAAUGGAGUCAGUGAAAUUGCUUGUGACCUGGCUGUCAAUAAGAAUCCAGUCGACAGUAACUUGCCGGUGACUAUCGCCUUCCUUAUUGGUCUAGCCCUCGUCAUUGCAGUAUCCCUUCUGCGGCUCUUACUGAGUUUGGAUGACUUUAAUAAUUGGAUUUCAAAAGCAAUAAAUUCACGGGAAACUGAUCGCCUCAUCAAUUCUGAACUAGGAUCUCCAAGCAGGGCAGACCCUCUCACCGGUGACCCCCAACCUGAAGCAUGGAGCCCAUCUGUACCCCCAUCCCGACUCCGCUGCAUAGACACCUUCAGGGGGAUUGCUCUUAUACUCAUGGUCUUUGUUAAUUAUGGCGGAGGAAAAUAUUGGUACUUCAAACAUGCAAGCUGGAACGGACUGACGGUGGCUGACCUUGUAUUUCCAUGGUUUGUAUUUAUCAUGGGGUCUUCCAUUUUUCUGUCAAUGACUCCCAUACUGCAGCGCGGAUGCUCGAAGUUCAAGCUGCUGGGCAAAAUUGCCUGGCGGAGUCUCCUGCUGAUCUGCAUAGGAAUUGUGAUUGUGAAUCCCAAUUACUGCCUUGGUCCACUGUCGUGGGAGAAGGUGCGGAUCCCUGGCGUGCUGCAGCGGCUGGGGGUGACUUACUUCGUCGUCGCCGUGGUCGAGCUCCUCUUUGCUAAGCCUGAAACCUGUGCCUUGGAAAGAAGCUGUUCUUCCCUUCGGGACAUCAUACCCAGCUGGCCACAGUGGCUCUUUAUUCUGAUGCUGGAAAGCAUCUGGCUCAGCUUGACAUUCUUCUUACCAGUGCCUGGAUGCCCUACUGGUUACCUCGGCCCUGGUGGCAUUGGAGAUUUUGGGAAGUAUCCAAAUUGUACAGGAGGAGCGGCUGGCUACAUUGACCGUGUGCUUCUGGGAGAUGAUCACCUUUACCAGCACCCUUCUUCUGCUGUGCUGUACCACACCCAGGUGGUCUAUGAUCCGGAAGGAAUCCUGGGAACCAUCAAUUCCAUUGUGAUAGCAUUCUUAGGAGUUCAGGCAGGAAAAAUACUAUUAUAUUAUAAGGAUGAGACCAAAGCCAUCCUGAUUCGAUUCACUGCCUGGUGUUGUAUUCUAGGACUUAUUUCCGUUGCAUUGACAAAAGCUUCUGAAAAUGAAGGCUUUAUUCCAGUAAAUAAAAAUCUCUGGUCCAUUUCAUAUGUCACGACACUGAGCUCUUUUGCUUUCUUCAUCCUGCUGGUUCUUUAUCCCAUUGUGGAUGUGAGGGGACUGUGGACAGGAACCCCCUUCUUUUAUCCAGGAAUGAAUUCUAUCCUGGUGUACAUCGGCCAUGAGGUGUUCAGGAACUACUUCCCAUUUCAGUGGAAGCUGGACGAUAACCAGUCACACAGAGAGCAUCUGAUUCAAAACAUCGUCGCCACUGCCCUCUGGGUGUUCAUUGCCUACAUUCUCUAUAAAAAGAAGGUUUUUUUGAAAAUCUAA